AUGAUCCGCAGAUCUACAAGCGAUGAAACGCUUUCAACAUUAGUGACGAAUCACACUGUGAGCUCUUUGGCUUCAAGAAACCCCAGUUAUCACAAUGCAGAUGAUUUAGAGUCAUUGAGUUCAGCUGAUACACUUGCAAUCGGAACGUCCCUUGUUUUUUGCAACCAAUUGCAAUCAUACAGAAGGACGCGCAACUUCCCACUUACCACAGGUCUUCUCCGAAAUGAACUUCUGAUAUAUUCGUCUAUUGAUGCCCUAAAGAAUGGUGACGGGCCCAUCUUAUGUUUUCAGUCAAGUCGAUUCCACUUCCUCAAAAAGAAUACACCUAUACAUCUUGUUUCUAGAUAUGAAAAUGGUCAAAAGAUUGAAUUUUGCAAAGUUUAUUACAAAAUUUUGGAGACAAAUCUCACAUGCUAUGUCAUGAUGUUUGCCGACGGCACCAACACCGUGAUAUACAACAAUGGCAUUAAGCUGCAUUCAGACACGAUUUACAAGAAAACGAAACUUCGUUUACAUGGUGCAUCUGGGGUGACAUCUACUUUUGGAAGCAAUUCAAUCCGAAUUUAUGCAUUGAAUGAUAAAUCCCCUACUUUGGUUGAUUUCGUGACAGAAGAAGAUUUCGAGGGUGAUUGUUUGAAAAAAUUGAAACUCCAUCCAGAGCCAGGAGCUUGCAAACUAUAUGAUACUAUCAAACAUCAACAGAGGAGUGAAGUGCUGCGACUAAUAGGAGAAGAAAUGACACUAGUUAAUGCUCCUAUCGCUUCAUUUGUUGACUGUGGUGGAACUAAAAUGGAUGGUGUAAAAAUUGAAGGAUCCAUUCAUCUUUUCGAAAGUGCUACUCAAGACGAAGAAUCUAUCACAAGAGACUCAUUGACAUUAGCUACCAUGGUGGCUGUCUUUGUAGAACAGGAAAUUCAAAAAAUGAGGGGAAAUCUUAAGUAG